CGACACAUUGAAUGGUGUCGCAGCCGAAUGCUGCUCUCUUCCCUCGUUAGAAAUGGUUAACUCACUCCUUGGUCCGAUCAAUGGCCAUCUCGAUAUCGCAUCCGCCCCAAACAACGCCACGACUACCAUAUUUAAUGCCAGCUCCAUCGCCGAGAUCAAGGCCGCACUGUCUCACUUACAUGAGCAAGAAGCCUCAGUAACCGCCCGUCUAGAUGCUCUUGUUGCCUCUCAGAAAGAUUUCUCGCGCGAACUCGGGCGAUUGGAUUUGCUUCGCGCCAACCUAGGGUCUCAAACCAGCACCACGCGCACUAUUAGCCAUGGGAUGCUCGCCGAUGCGGCCACCACCGCCGACCGCAUCUCCAGCGCCGUCCGCCGUUUAGACCGAGAGCAGUCCCGCGUGAAAGCUACUCUGACUGUGGUGGAUCAGGUCGCUGAGCUGAAGGCAUGCGUACUGGGCGUGGCUGGUUCCAUGGGGGCUCCGCAGGACUGGGAGACAGCGGCGAGUUACCUCCAUCGUGCAGCCAAGAUUCCCCCGGAGGUGAUCCAUGGGGCUUUUGCCGCGGAGAUGGUGCCCACCGCGGAGGUGCCUGAUCCGCCCCAUGUCACCCUCGACAACGCCGCUGAGUCGCUCUGCGGUCUUUUCCUGCGCGAGUUCGACAAGGCCGUUCAGGAGAACAACGGCGCCCGUAUCACUCGCUUCUUCAAGCUCUUCCCCCUCAUUGGUCGCUCCGAGGUCGGUCUUGACGUCUACGGUCGCUAUGUCUGCCAGGGCGUCGCCGCCCGCGCUCGAUCCAAUCUUAAUGCGGCUGGCGGCCAGGCGAAGGAUGGCUUCUUUUAUGCCAGCGCGCUUACCAAGCUGUUUGAACAUAUCGCUCAAAUCAUUGACGGCCACAGCGGUCUCGUCGAGCGUCAUUAUGGCCCACGUAAAAUGAAUCGUGUUAUCGAGCGUCUCCAGCUUGAGGCUGAUGUCCAGGGUGGCAUCAUCCUCGACACCUGGAGCGAUGAGCGUCACCUGGAUCGCAAGCUAACAGAUAUAAAGUCUUACGCCUUCACUUUUCUGGUUCAAAGCUUCUUGCCGCCUCAGCGCGGCGGCGGCACGCCUCGAUCUAACUCACCGGCCGUCCGCGAUGGAGCUGCCGAGGACGAAGGUGUAGACAUGAAGGAAAUCGAUGGGCUCCUCAACGAGAUGGCUGUCAUGCUCGGACGCUGGUCUUUGUACUGUCGCUUCCUAGCAGAUACCUGCAACUCUCCAGCAGAGAAAGUUUCCCGCAACGUGUUCACCCUCCCUGAGUUCCUUCGCGAUUCUUCCCUCACUCAAAAGAUAAACGACCGUCUUGCUGGCCCUUUCAACACCAUGACCACCUUCUUCUUUCGCCGCUCCGUUGAAAAGGCCUUCCAGCUCGACGAGCAGCCCUCCGGCCUGACUCUCAAUCCGCAUAAACCUCUGAAGGCUGACCCGCCACACAUAACCUCAGCGGUUGACGACAUCAUGUACAUCGUCAACAAAGUCCUGCAACAGUCCCUGGCUACCUCGCAGAUCAGCGUCGUCAGCAACGUCGUCCCGACUGUUUCGCGCGUGCUCGGCUCCGAUUUCAUUGGCAUGACCCAACGCAAGAUGCGUGACGAAUGCUACCCGCGCGCCGCAGUACAAGGCGCCCAACCUCCAGAAUCCCUCACCAUUCCCUUCCUCGUGCUCAUCAACAACCUCGACGUAGCAGUCGACUAUAUCCAGCGCAUUCUUCACAAACAUACUGAACAGAAAAUUGCCAACCCAUCCGACCCCUCCUCGACCGUCGCCACAGACCCCAUCCAAGCCCUCUUCCCAAAUCCCACAGAAGCCCAGCUGGCCUCUCAAACCCUCCACUCUCUCGCCAGCUCCUUCGAGUCUAAGGUUACGGACCUGCUCACUGACGGCGUCCAAGUCAUCUUCAACAACGUCAUCAAACAUCGACUCCGGCCCAUCCUGUCAGACGCCUUCCGCGACAUCGAAUACCAACCGCGGAACGACACUGAUCCCGUGCGCACUAUCUACAACGCCUCCACCGCCAUCAAUAUGAACGAGUACUACGACUCGGACGACCCGAUCAUCGGCGCCAAUGACGCGGCGGCCACUGACGGGGAAGCUGACCCGGGCGCCGAGUUGGUUCGCCCGCGCUUCUCGACCGCGUGGAACGAGCUCCUCCUCCCCAUCAGCCGCAUUCUUACUCCAUCGGCUUUCGACCGCCUCCUGACCGUCACAGUGGCAUAUCUGGCGCGGUUGCUGGAGAAGAGACUCUGGAGCUACCACGGCCGGGUCAACGCGCUGGGCGCGACGCGGCUCGAACGCGAUGUCUCCGGCGUGGUUAGCGCGGCGGUGGACGUGGGUGGUUCGCAGGGUCGGUAUCGGCACCGUGACGCGUUUGUGCGGUGCUUGCAGAUGGUGCUGGUGAUGGGCAUGGACGAGGACGAGUGGGACGAUGUGAUGCGCGGCGGGGAGACGGCAGAGGUCGUGGAGAAAUUGGGUAGGGACGAGAGGAUGAGGGUUCGGGCUAUGGUUCGACGAACCUAGACCAUCUCGCUUCUUUCUAGAUAAUGAGACCGGGAGGGUUUACAAGGAACAAGAGAGGUCUGUGGGCGGGUUUGCAGGGUUUAUACGUCGAGGAUUCGUGGUGCGGAGAAAUGUAUAUAAGUAGAAAACACAUUUACACAUAUAGAUAUGUAAGGUUUCGCAUAUGCAAUUGUCAAUUGCAUAUGGGGCUGCUCAGUAGGGCUCUUGUGAUAGCUGUUGAAC